AUGUUGAAGAUUCACAUGGAUGUGAUUCAAAAUCCGGGAGUGAACCUUUACCAAGGAAAAGACCAACCUAAUAAAGGUAAAGGUAAAGGGAAGGGUAAACCGAAGGACGAAAAGAAAAAGGCGGCAUGUUAUGUAUGUGGCAAAGAGGAUCAUAUGUCUCCAAAAUGUCCAGACAGACUGCUACCAGAGACUCAAUGGAAGAAUCAGGAUCAAUAUGUCGACUAUGGGAAGAAGCUCAAUCUUAAUCAGAUUGGAGCAACUGUCCCAACUACAGCUACAGUUCCUGGACCUUCUCCAGCGACAAGUGUGAUUACAAGUGGAGCAUCAAGUGUUGCGGGAAGCGUUAACACACCUUUGCGACUUGCUGGUACUACAGGUAAUCAAAUGAUACAAGUUCCUACAGGUAAUCAAAUGAUGCAAGUUCCUUCGGGAAUGCAGC